UUAUGGGCAAGUGUGGCUCAGUGUUUAACAGCGCACGUAGGCUGGAGGUGGUGAGGAAUUGCAUUUCCUUCAUCUUUGAGAACAAGACCCUGGAGACAGAGAAGACCCUACCUGCUGCGUUGAGGGCCCUCAAAGGAAAAAUGGCUCGACAGUGUCUGACUGAAGAGUUGAGUCUUCACGUCCAGCAGAAUCGUGCAAUCCUCGACCAUCAACAAUUUGAUUACAUCAUUCGAAUGAUGAACUGUGCACUUCAGGACUGCUCCACAUCAGAAGAGUACACAGUGGCUGCCGCCCUACUACCCCUGUCAACUGCAUUUUAUAGGAAACUGGCUCCUGGGGUGAAUCAGUUUGCCUACACUUGCAUUCAGGACCAUCCUAUUUGGACCAACCAGCAGUUCUGGGAAGCCACUUUUUACAGUGAAGUUCAGAGCCAAAUCCGAGCUUUGUAUCUAAAUACUUUGGAGAAGGGUAGCGUCAUUGCAAAGCUUAAGGAGGCUGUACCCACUUCUACUGUGGUAAAAGAUGAAGAUGAUCAGACUGCCAUGGAUUUAGCGGCGGAGCAGCUCAGGUGUUGGCCCAACCUAAGUAAAGAGAAGCAGCACGAACUGGUGAAAAAUGAAGAAAGCACUGUGUUCAGUCAGGCCAUCCACUACGCCAGCCUCAUGGUGUAUCUGCUGGUCCCUCUGGACACCAGCAAGAACAAACUACUGCGCAACCCCCCAGCAGCAGACUGGGAGAGCGGGAGCAACAGCAUCAUUACAAACAGCAUUGCUGGCAGUGUGGCCGAGAGUUUUGAUACUGAAAGUGGUUUUGAAGACUCGGAGAACAGCGACGUGGCUAACUCUGUCGUCAGGUUCAUAGCUCGUUUUAUCGAUAAGGUGUGCACUGAGAGUGGGGUGACACAGGACCACAUAAAGAGCCUGCACAGUAUGAUCCCAGGCAUUGUAGCUAUGCAGAUGGAGGCUCUUGAAGCAGUUCAUAGGGAGAGCAGAAGACUGCCACCCAUACAGAAGCCUAAGAUUUUGCGUCCUGCGCUGCUUCCUGGGGAGGAGCUGGUGUCCGAAGGGCUGCGGGUGCUUCUGGAUCCAGACGGUCGGGAGGAGGCCACAGGAGGCCUGCUGGGGGGUCCUCACAUCCUGCCAGCAGAGGGCGCUCUCUUCCUCACCACUUACCGCAUCAUCUUCAAAGGCAUUCCUCAUGACCCACUUGUUGGAGAGCAGGCAGUGAUCCGAGCUUUCCCAGUGUCCACAAUGACCAAAGAAAAGAAGAUAAGCAUCCAAAAUCAGCUGCAACAAAAUAUGCAAGAGGGUCUCCAGCUCCGCUCUGCAUCCUUCCAGUUGAUAAAAGUUGCGUUUGAUGAAGAGGUGACCUCAGAGAUGAUAGAGCUCUUCAGGAAGCACCUUCAGAGGAUCCGAUACCCUCAGUCCAUUUUUACCUCAUUUGCUUUUGCUGCUGGACAGACGGUGCCACAGAUAAUCCUUCCCAAACAAAAAGAGCGGAAUACUGGCUUUCGAACGCUAUCAAAAACUAUUGUUAAAGGCGCCAAAAGAGCUGGAAAGAUUACCAUGGGCCGAGGCAGUCAGUCAACUCUGAAGAAAAAUGAUCGUAGUAGUAGCAGAAUGACGUGGAAUGAAGAUGAUGACAUUUCAAUAUCUGACGAUGGAGAGCCACCUCCUAGUAGCACUUUGCGAUCAUCAGAAAAAUCGACGAUGGAGCAGCUGGUGGAGCAAUCCUGUUUCCGUGACUACCAGCGGCUCGGGUUAGGCACUAUCACUGCCAGUUCGUCCCGCUCCAAAUCAGGAGAGCAGUUCAGGAUAACAGCCGCAAACAGACUCUACUCUUUAUGUCGAAGUUACCCGGGGUUGUUGGUGGUUCCCCAGGCUGUACAGGACAGCAGUUUACACAAAGUGGCACGCUGUUACAGACACAAUCGCCUCCCAGUAGUGUGUUGGAAACAUCCACGCACCAAAGCCGUCCUCCUUCGGUCUGGAGGCUUCCAUGGCAAAAGUGUUGUAGGACUAUUCAAAUCACAAAAUCCUUCUUCAACUCCAACCUCAUCCUCCGAGUCAUCCAGUAGCCUAGAACAAGAAAAAUAUCUCCAAGCAAUCCUUGACUCCAUCCCAAUCUACUUCAAGAUGAAUGGCAAUAACACACUAUCUAACCGCUCACUUGUUGGACUUUCUCCAGCCACUGAAAGGAGGACGUCCAGGUUACCAAAGAUGACCCCUGUCCAUUUGGAUAUUCCGUUCACAAACAGCUUUACAAGAGGAGUCCUUGAGUACAGAGAUAAGCUUUUCACUCACUCACACCAAAAACAUUCAAGCAAAGAACGGGUCCACAGUCAAGGUAUGUGGGCCAGUCUCCGAGGCAGCACCAGGCUCAGCCAGCACCACACUGGAGCUGAGGUUGGGGCCAGGCUGGCAGGGAAGGAUCUGGCGCCCCCUGCAGGCAGCAGUAGCCUCCAGGCUCAACUCCUCAAACACCAGGCUGCGCUCUACAUAUUUGGAGAAAAAUCCCAUUUAAAGGGUUUGAGAGUGGAUGCAUCUCUGAACUGUGAGCUUGUGCCAGUGGAUUUCGCCGACACGCGGCAGGUCAAAGGGAGUUUCAAAAAGCUCCUCAGAGCCUGUGCCCCCAGCGCCAACUCCACAGACCCUCAGGACUCCUUUUUCAAAGCGCUGGAAGACUCAGAGUGGACCCUACAACUUCACAAGAUUUUGCAGCUGGCUCUGUUUCUGGUGGAGCUUCUAGACAGCGGCUCUUCCGUUCUACUGAGUUUAGAGGAAGGCUGGGACAUCACCACUCAAGUGGUGUCCUUGGUGCAGCUGUUGAGUGAUCCGUUUUACCGCACUCUGGAGGGUUUUCAGGUGUUGCUACAGAAAGAGUGGCUGUCUUUUGGUCAUAAGUUCAGCCAGAGGAGCAACCUUAACCCCAGCAGCCAGGGCAGUGGCUUCACACCUAUCUUCCUCCAGUUUCUGGACUGUGUGCACCAGAUUCUGGAACAACAUCCUGUGGAGUUUGAGUUUAAUCAGUAUUAUCUGAAGUUCUUGGCUUACCAUCACAUCUCGAACCGCUUUAAGAACUUCCUGUUGGAUUCAGACUUUGAACGCUUUGAACACGGUUUGUUGUUCGAAGACAAGGGUGACAAACAGGCUCGCAGAGGUAUUUGUAUCUGGGACUGCAUCAACAGAAUGCACAAAAGGAGCCCCAUCUUCUUCAACUACCUUUACAACCCUUCAGAGAGUGAGGUAAUCCUGAAGCCCUCUAUCGGCAUCCCUAGUUUGAAAAAGUGGGACUUUUUCACAGAUGAGACCCUGUCCACUGGCCCAUGUUACGACUGGAGGACGAUGGCCGUGAGGUCAGAGAGCUCAGAGGAAACAGACUCACUCUCAAACAGCCAAAGGAGGAUUGUUUGGCCGUGUUAUAGCAGCGUGAGCCGCGCCCAGCCAGAUGCAAUCACCAAACUACUGUUGGACAUUGAAAAAUUGGAGUCAGAACUUCACCAAAGCUCUGAAAGGUGGCAGACCACACUGGAUAAAGUUAGAAUCAGCAUUCAAGAAGACCUCAAGCAAGAAGGAAAUAUCUCUAAACAAGCGGUGUCAAUCUCAGGGCUCAUUCCCACUUCAAGCCUCCAGGCCAUUCAGCGGCACUCUAUGCUGCACCUGCCAGAGAGCGGACUGAGCGAGGACCGCAGCACCUCCACAGCCAAUGGGAUCAACAGACGAGCUGCAACCCUGUACAACCAGUUCACCCCCAAGAGUGAAGAGAACAGGUCUUAUGAGGGGAUCCUGUACAAACGUGGAGCACUUUUGAAAAGCUGGAAACCUCGCUGGUUUGUGUUGGACAUUACCAAGCACCAGCUGAGGUACUAUGACACUGGGGAGGACACUAACUGCAGAGGUCACAUUGAUUUGGCUGAAGUGGAGUCAGUUGUGAUAACAGCACCAACGAUUGGCGCUCCUAAACACAUCAGUGAAAAGGCUUUCUUUGAUCUGAAAACCUGCAAGAGAGUCUACAACUUCUGUGCCUCUGACGCUCCCAGUGCCCAGGUGUGGAUGGACAAGAUCCAGAGCUGCAUUUCAGAUGCCUGAGACACAGUGGAGCCCAAACACUGCCAGAUUACAGGUGGAGACGGGUUAAAGUGUGGAAGAUACCACAACCAUUUAAACGUCUGUGUCGUCUUUGGGACCGUAAUGACAACAAUAAACAAAGUGCCUGGUAGUGUUAACUUACACUAUAACAUUUUCAGACUUGUUGCUUAGCUAAUGUCACUACUCCAUUGGUCAGCAUCAUAUGAGUAGGUUGGCGUGUUACCUCCAGGCCUUAGACAAGAACAAAGUAAAGAUAAGCUGACCUUCUAGGAGACUGCACUAUCAAAUACCCUGCUAAAUGCUGUAAAUAUACCAAGCAAUAUCACUGGCCAUUCAAACUGUGGGUAAAACUUUAGAUUUAAAAUGACAUAAACAGCCUAUUAAAUAAUUUCUAUCAGAUAUUUUUACUACAACUAAUGUCGCUGCUUAAAAAUUACUAUGAACCGCCAAAAACUCAUGAGAUUUUAAUGCACAAUAUGAAAAAGGAAUUUGUUUGCACUUGUCUCGAAAGUAUGCACUCCUCAGAGAUUUUUAACAGAUGCAGAAAAUAGGCUAUAGGCAUCACUUUACAAUGUACAUAAAACAGCAUAGAAUACAUGAGAAGUUUUGCACAGCGCAUUCAAAAAUGUUACCUGACAUUUUCUAUUUAAAUACUGUAUGUGAUGUUUCCUUUGGUUGAAUGUGUUUUGUUGUUCGAUUAACAUGUCUUAUAUAAGGUAAUGUAAAUUAUUUUUUAUAUUAAAUGUCAACAGUUUUAUUGUUCGUGCCUAUGUUUCCUGUACAUACGUGUGACAUUUCAUUUUAUAUACUGUAUUUACUUAACUUUUCUAACUGUAAUUCUAAUGUGACCAAUUAGUCUUUUUAAAUGUGUUAAUACCUGGAUGGCCUGACUCAUAUUUAAUUGCGUUAUAAAAUACAAACAUGCUCUGUAUUUAAUAAGGGCUUUAAUAGAACUGAUUGGACCAAGUGGUUUCUAAGAUUUUCCUGUGCCCCACAUUUACUAGUCCAAGAACACUAUGAAGAAGCACACUAAAACUACUUAAGAUGUCAGAGGUUUUGUUACUGUAUCUAUACCAUGUGUUGUGGUGACACUAAUCUUUGAAAAUAAAUCAAACAUACUUGAAACCA